AACAAAUAGGAAAUUGCAUAGAUAGAAAAUCCAAGAAAUUUCCCCUUCUGGGCGGGCCAUCUGUAUCUUUCUCGCACUUAUACCGAUUACUUCCUCGCUGAACGCUCGGAUUAACCUCAAAUACAAUUUAAUUCGAGAAAGUAUACAGAAGUAUAGGAUAAUCUGAUCCUUGAUUCGAAGAGGAGGAGAAAGAUGGGCCUAAAACGCCUUCUUGUUGAGGUCUCAAAGCACCGAACAAAGCUGGGGCUUACACAAAGUUUGUAUACUAGAUCCUAUAUCACUUCACAGAAGACCAAAUUUGAUGCAGCAUACAAGCUUCCAAUUGGUCAAAGAAGGUUCCAAUCAGGUUACAUGGGAAGUUUUUCACGAAGACUGCGUGAACCUGAUGUAGAUGUAUCAAGCAAUGCAGCUUAUCUUAGGGAACUUAGUUAUCGAAAUGAUUAUGAGGCAGUGAUAAGAGUUUUUGAAAGUCAACCUUCUAUGCACACUAGUCCUUCAGCAUUUAAAGAAUAUGUGAAGGCCCUGGUCAAAGUUGAUAGAUUAGAUGAAAGUGAGCUGCUCAAGACAUUGCAAAGAGGAAUGGCGAGCAACGAAGAGAGUAUUGGUGGGGUUUCGGCUUUCAAGAAUGUGGGGAAAUCAACAAAAGAAGGGGUAUUGGGAACUGCUGCUGCUCCUCUUCAUAUGGUGGCUAAUGAAGGAGGAAACUUUAAAGAACAAUUAUGGCGCACAGUUCGUGCUCUAGGCAUGGGCUUUUUACUCAUUUCGGGUAUCGGAGCCCUCAUAGAGGAUAGAGGAAUCACUAAAGGAUUGGGUCUACAUGACGAGGUGCAGCCGAGUAUGGAAUCUAGCACAAAAUUUAGUGACGUUAAGGGAGUAGACGAGGCAAAAGCUGAGCUUGAAGAAAUUGUUUACUAUCUUCGCGACCCUAAGCGUUUCACUCGCCUAGGUGGCAAGCUUCCGAAAGGUGUCCUACUCGUGGGUCCCCCGGGGACUGGAAAAACCAUGUUAGCCCGGGCAAUCGCGGGAGAAGCGGGUGUCCCAUUUUUCUCAUGCAGUGGAAGUGAGUUUGAAGAAAUGUUUGUUGGUGUUGGGGCCCGCAGGGUUCGAGAUCUUUUUACUGCAGCCAAAAAGCGGUCGCCCUGUAUUAUUUUUAUAGAUGAAAUUGAUGCCAUUGGUGGAAGCAGGAAUCCAAAAGAUCAGCAGUAUAUGAAGAUGACUUUGAAUCAAUUGCUGGUUGAAUUGGAUGGAUUUAAACAAAAUGAAGGGAUUAUUGUGAUUGCUGCAACUAAUUUCCCCCAGUCCUUGGAUAAGGCCUUGGUCAGACCCGGCCGCUUUGAUAGGCGGGUCGUGGUCCCCAAUCCCGAUGUCCAAGGCAGGCGCCAGAUAAUGGAAUCUCACAUGUCAAAGAUCUUAAAAGCAGAAGACGUGGAUUUACACGUCAUUGCCCGAGGCACCCCUGGAUUCUCGGGUGCUGACCUGGCAAACCUAGUGAACGUGGCCGCUCUCAAGGCGGCAAUGGACGGCGCCAAGUCGGUGACAAUGGAGGACCUUGAAUACGCAAAAGACAAAAUCAUGAUGGGCACCGAACGCAAAUCCGCCGUGAUCUCCCCGGAUGUCAGAAAACUAACCGCAUAUCAUGAAUCCGGUCACGCCCUCGUAGCAAUCCACACCCCCGGGGCCCACCCCGUCCACAAAGCCACAAUUGUCCCACGUGGCAUGGCCCUCGGUAUGGUUGCCCAACUGCCCGAAAAAGACGAAACAAGCGUUUCCCGCAAAGAAAUGCUUGCCCGACUCGAUGUCUGCAUGGGCGGGCGGGUAGCUGAGGAGAUCAUUUUUGGAGAAAACGAGGUUACUUCUGGUGCUUCAUCGGAUCUUGAACAGGCGACUCAUUUGGCUCGGGCUAUGGUGACAAAAUACGGAAUGAGUAAAGAAAUUGGAGUGGUGGCUCAUGAUUAUGAUGAUAAUGGGAAGAGUAUGAGUACUGAAACGAGGCUUCUUAUUGAGAAAGAAGUGAGGGAGUUAUUGGAAAAUGCGUAUAAUAAUGCUAAAAACAUUCUAACGCGUUAUAAAGACGAGCAUCAUGCCAUUGCUGAGGCCUUGUUGGAGCACGAAACGUUAUCGGGAAAACAACUUAAAGAAAUGUUGGAACGGAUGAAGUCGCCACCUCAUCAACAGGAAGAGCGGUUUGAGUUAAAGACACCAAAUGCUGCCACCAGUGCUGCUGCUGCGGCAGCGGCGGCUGCUGCCAGUGCUGCGUCGGCUGCCGCCAAGGCGAAAGGGAUUGCUCCAGUGGGAUCUUAGUAUUCGAUUUUUUUUUUUUAAUUUUUUUUCUGAACCGAUGUGCAUAUUUAUUAAUUAAUGGUCCAAUUAUCGUACCAUGGUGAUUUUGGACAUAAAGGGAGGAAAUAGAAGGCUGGAUUUUGCGGGUUGGUGAUAAAUGUAGCAUUAAUAUCAGAAUUCUAAAAUGGGCGUCUUUUCUGUUUAAGUUUUUCAUACAUUCAUACAGUGGAGAAAUAAUGAAGUUUUGCUAGUUUCUUUCGUUUUCAGAGAA